UUUUUUUGACCAUCCUUCAGUCAGUUAUUGGCGAGAACGUUUAAAGCACUGCUGCUUUGAAGACGUACGUGUGAGAUCGACGGGCCAUCAACUAAGAGUCAAUAGAGAUGUUCGCGGGAAGACAUUACGAUGAAUUCUAUUUGGUGUGGGAAGGCAGCUGCCGCAACUUCAUCGAAGACAUCAAAUUUACUUCCCCAGACGCAAAGUCGCGAUUAAGCGUUCACGUUUUCCUGCGGAAUGAUACUCCAGUGAAAGCCCUUCCGCCAUCAGAUCCAGACUGGAUCACAACUCAUUUCACGCUCACUACAUCCCCAUACGCAUCUGAUACGGGGCUUAUUGCGUGCCUUCUUGAGAAAUAUGGUGAUCUCGUUGAGGAGUCAGGCGACAACCAAGAUACGUCGCUGAGACGAGUUUUCUUGGUCGCAGAGCGAGAGAGACAGUAUGAGGAACUUAUUGCGAAUUUGAAGUUGUUUAAUGGAAAAUUGGACAUUCAAGAGAUCAAUGGUCUGGAAAUGGAUAUUUUUGAAGUUGUGAAGGAUUCGUGCAGAUUUUGUCGCCUCGUGUUUGCCUGCACAGAAGAGACAGACAAACAUAACUUUGAACAACACAACUUCUUCUGUCAAAACCCGUUGUGCUAUGGCUACCGUCAAAGAUUUCCAUCUGAAGAAGUACUUUUGAAGCACAAGGCCUCACAAACGAAAUGCAUACACUGCCAAGAGUUGUUUUGUUCGGAUGAUUUGAAGAAAGCGCACAUGAAACAUGAACACAAUAUCAAUCCCCACAGUUAUCCACCGAUGGAAGCGAAAGCAGGUUUCUUUACAGAGCAAGAAAAAGGUCCAUCCUUGCCAUUGCGAAUUUCAUGUCAGUUUUGCCCUCGGAAGCAGUUUUUAACGAAGGACCAGUUGGAAAUACAUAUGCGAAACUCGCACAAGAAAUGCAAUUGCUCAUGCGGGAGUUACUUCAAAUCGAGAGAGGAAUAUUUAGAUCACUUCUACAGUGUUUACCCACUUCCUUGUUACGAGAACCGGAAAUGCCCGCACCGCUUUCAAUCGGUUUAUUAUCAAGCAGCCCAUCAUAGAGAUUUCCACAACUCUCUGAAUCCAUUUUAUUGUGUUCCAUGUCAAAAAAGAAAAAUUGAAGAGGGCUUGGCUCUCUCGACUGCGAAGACCUCCUUCAAAGAUGACAGGAGUUUGCGGAUUCAUGGCUGUUCCUUGGGUCACAACGAGACAGAAAUGUUCUUAUUGGAUUUUGAUGAUGCUGCACUUAACAUAGGGGGAGAAACAGCCCCUCUGCGACGAUCCCCUACAAGAACAACCUCAAACUUAAAUUAUUGUUAAGCAACAGUAAUUAAUGGGACGUUAUUUUCUCUUGGCACAAAUACUUAAACUUCGCUUUACGCCGUUUUUUUAG